CGAAGACGGUGGGGUUUCGCUCAACUGAACAUGGCUGCUCCUCCGAACGAGGUGGGCCGCCAACCGAAGACGCAUGCAUCGCAAGCCGCCGUUCUAGACGACUUGCUCGACUCGGAUUAUUGCGAGGACUGCGAAGAAGUCUUGUCCGACUACUAUUGCAAUGCCUGCGCCGUCAAUCUCUGCUCCGCAUGUUGGGAUACCCAGCCCGCCCACCGUCGCAAGCGUCUCGCGCCGGGCCAAAUCCCACACGAGAAGACCAACUUGAUCGUUGCGAAUCGCGUCCAGACGGUUUUUGCGUGCGCCGGUGAUGAGCGGACCCUGAAGCGGCUUCACAAAGAGGAUGAAAUAACGACCUGGUUUGGCCUAGAGCGCGAGUUCAAAGACGAGCCCUCUUUUAUGUUUCGCGAUCACGGCAGAUUCUCUGCCGCUCUAUCUACGGGGAGUCAGGCCGUCACAAAUAAGAUCCCCAGUUUAGUCUCCUUUGUCGGUCAAACGGGAGCGGGGAAGAGCACCCUCAUCAAACUUCUCGUACAGCUGCAUCAACGAUCUGGCCCGGGGGAACAAUUUCAUUCACCAGUUCCCGGACUCACCGGGCGAGACUUGCCAACAUCCGAGGAUGUCCAUCUCUAUGCGGACCCCUUGACCGCAGGCUCUAGUCAUCCUCUUCUUUUUGCCGACUCCGAAGGCAUCGAUGGAGGUGAGCGCGAUCCCAUUGCCGCGAACCUGCGCAAGAUGCGGGAAAAGGAAGAGAUGGAAUCUCUGGGCUCCGAGUCGGAUUACUCUGCUACCGCGCGAAGCUUCACCGAGCGGGAGGUCGCCUGGAUGGACGACAGCAAGGUCAAGCAGACGAGGCAGUUUGCGGCCAGCCAGCUGUAUCCCCGGAUAUUGUUCGCCUUUUCGGACGUAGUCGUCUUUGUGCAUAGAAAUCCGAGGUCGAUUGAAGGCGUACUUGAACGAUUGCUUGAAUGGGGGUCGGUCGCAAUUGAGACGACGUACAACCAGCCUUUGCUCCCAUACGCCAUCGUGGCUUUGAAUGCGACAGAGCUUGACAUUGAUCCAAGACUGUGGGACAUUGAGACGUCUACAUCACUCCUUCUAGCAUCGUUGGCGGAUACUGUGGAUAAGAACGCUAGUUUCUCGAAGUAUGCGGAGCUUUGGAGAAAGCGCGGGAAGGUCAUCAACAAUAUAGAAGAUUUGAUGAUGUGUUAUUACAGCGCAGUCAAGGUGAUCAGACUCCCUACGAACGGUCGCCCAAUACUGGUCGAGCAGCAAGCUUUACAGCUCUACGCCGAGAUUGAGCGCGCUUGCCGGCUUGCAAGAAAUAUGAAAGCGCAAACCCGAAUGUUGCUCAAUGCUUUUGAACUUCAAGCAUACCUUCAUCACGCUUUCGAUCACUUCUGUUCGACUUUGGAUACUCCUUUCGACUUCGUGCAAUGCUCGUAUCUCACCAGCCACCUAUCCACCACUUUCGGCGAAAGUAUCCUCGCAUUAGCAAGAUCAAUGGCAACGAAGAAACCGCGACCCAAAGCAUCAAGCAUCUUCCAGAAGUUGGGCCACUUGAUAGCAUCUUGCAUGACGCUGGACGUUAUGCGUAGCAAUCUCAAAGGCACUGCGGAGCGCAUCUUCGCGCAGUACGUCCCCCAAAUCGACGCUGCGCUCCUCGAAUUCGGCGAUCGGUAUUGGCCCUGCGAGUUCUACGUCAAAGGCGCAGUCCCGCCGCACCUCCAGACUCAUCUCAGCAAUCUUCAAUUUCAGCAGAGUAUGCAUGCCGUGGGCGUGAUAAUGCGUUGCCAAAACUCACGAAGUGGGCACCACGCGAAAGGACACCAAUUAUCAGACGGAAGAGUUUUCGCCAGAGGCGCGUACGAAUCAUCGUUUUUCUUCGAAGAACAUAGAAAACAGAUUCUUGACGAUAUUUUCGUCACGUUUCACGAAUCCAUGAACAAGUUAUCACGGCUUGCACGCGAAGGUGUCGACCAACUCAAAGCUGCAGCUGUUCUUCAUCGGACAGAUGCACUGUCGGCGUUUUACCCAUCAAGUGAUGGCAAUGAACCUGUUGGUCUGCAGCACACCGUGUUCUGCAUCUGUUGUUUGUUUGGACUGCCGGAGGCACUUUUGCCAUGCGGACACAUGCUUUGCAGGGAUUGUGUAGAGGCUUAUGGGCAUCGAAAAGCGCAUGCUUUGGUCGAAAUUCUGGAAUGCCCGCUGGAGAUCAAUCAGAAGAUACAAACUCAACCGCAUAUCGUAUAUACGAGACCGGAGUCGGCGGGUGUACGGGUGCUUGCACUCCACAAUGGAGGUGUUCGAAGUAUCAUUCAGAUCGAGGUAUUGAAAUUGAUAGAGAAAGAGUUCGAUGGAAGGAUUCCGAUACAGUCGUUGUUUGAUAUGAUCAUCGGAGAAGGGACUGGUGGUGUUUUGGCUCUUGGUCUGAACUCACGGGGCUGGACCCUGGACGACUGCGAGCGACACUUGCGCGAUAUUUUCGCGAAGACGUUUACACCUGCCAACGUACACAGAUUUCCCACGUUUCAAUUCAGAGGCUCACAAGCGAAAUAUCGUGCGAAAGCGUUAGACGAUUGUCUUGCUGCUGUCUUUCCCGAACAGCGUAUCGUAGAUUUGCCGCCAUCAGAAGAUCCGAUGCAGAGAUCUUCAAAGGUCGCUGUUCUUUCGUCCUCGACCACAGGAAGAAAGAUAUUGUUCUCGAACUAUCGGCGAAAAGCCUCUCCUACUUUGCCGUAUACAUUAUAUCCCGUCACUGACUACGCUUCUCAGCCAAAAGUCUCAGAUAUUGCGAGGGCAUCUAUGGCGCACACCGAACUGUUCAAACCCUUUCUUGAUGCCCGCCUUGGCCACCUAUUCUUCAAGAAAGAUAUGACAGAACGCUUUCUGCUCGAAGUAGCCCAAAAUGAGUGUCAAUCCAUCUACAACGGUCUCCCAAAUGACUUUCCAGACAUCCUCCUCUCCAUCAGCUGUGGCCGCACGCGAAAGCAAACAGCAGCACCAUCCAUCAUCAGCACCAGUACCUCGCAAUCUAGAAAUUCGGAGAGGUCAAAGCAGCCGCCGCUACCACAAACAAUACCCGACGACACUCGGUCUGUCUUCACCGAGCAUUCAGGCGAUGUAUCAGCGCACUACCCUCGUCCGAAUUUUAUAAGCCUUGAUCCGGCGCUUGAUAGUCCACCGUCACUGGACAACGUAUCUAGCAUAACAUCACUGCAAUCUCUUAUCCAGAGUGCAACCGAUACAGUGGUGAUUCGGAAAAUCGUAAACCAACUCUUCGCAACGCUCUUCUACGCCGAGUCCGACGCUGCAAUUCAAGAAUCUGCUGCCGGGGAGUAUCUUAUUCCAAUCCGCCUCUACACACGCCUCCUCAACCACACCCCCUCCCUCUCCUCUCUCGGCACCCUCCUACGCACCGGCCCCUUCCGUGCCAGCGAAUUCGUCUUCUGGGAAGAAUCCUCGACAUCCAAUCAACAGCCGUUACUAUCCUCCCAACAUCCACACCAACGCCAUUCCUUCCCCAUCUCCAACCACACCCUCGACUCAAUGGUGCAUCGCGGCGUUUUUCCAGUUCUGAAACUGCUCUUACCCGUGUGGGAUGUCGAUGCGGUUGUGCAUGGAGUCGUGAGGUUGGAAACGGGGGAGGAGUGGGCGCUUAGUGCUUUCCCUAGGGUUUUGGGGAAAACUGGCAAAGCGAAGCCCCAGAACCUAGACAUCUCGUCCGUCAAUUCGAAUAGAGUACCAACGUGGAGCGCGCCGGCUGUUCAGGGUCAGUCAGAGUGGGAUGCGAGUCUUCCCGUUCGCGGUGCGAGAGGGGACGACGAGUGGUUGGGCGGCGGCGAAGACGAUGGUGACGGUGGUGACGACGAUGUUACUGCGUUGCCUGUGUACACACCUUAGCCUUUCCAAUUUUUUGGUUUGUAACGUGAAAAAAGAAUGGCGCAUCAGAGGUCGGGGCUGGGGUUUGAAGCGGUGGUAUUCAUUUCGAGACAUCAAGCGGGAGGUUUUUUUCUUGGUCACCACAUCGUGUUUAGCUAUAUUCUCCUGUCUUUUCUCGACUUUUCCUUCAUUAAACCAAAAGCAACUCACUACCUAUCUAUCCCAUUCACUCUUUCGAAAUCCAUUUUUGUUGCAUAGCACCACGAACACAUGCACAUAAAUCUAGUGCAUGCCUAUCGUCACCCACGCAACAUUGGCAAACAAUUCGAUUCUAUCUAGCAAUACAACCUUUCCUUGCUCCCUUGCUCUUUUUCCUAGGCUGUGCAGCUGCGCCUUACUCGCUUGCUCGGGUAGUUUCGUUAAGAGUCUACCUACGUUUCGACCGGGUAAUUACGUUGAGCGAAGGAUCGCACCAUCGCGGAAGAGUGCUUGCUCCGCCACACAGCAUAUACGUUUUCCUGCGUUUGUUUUGUGGGUAUACGGAAACGGCAGUGAAUUAAGGAGAGGUGAAGAUGCAUUGUUGUGUUUUUCUUCUUUUGGUUCUGCGAAUGUUGUGGUGGGUGCGAGCUCUUUCCAUGAAGAUUAUCAUUGCUUUCUCGUCUUGCGGUUUGAAUUCUACAAAAUUGAUCAAAAAGGUUUACAAGAUGCAAGGGAAAAUUCGGCUACAAAUGUUUCUUUGUAACUGGGUGAAGAGCAGGAACUACAACUUUGGUGUACAGACAAAGUGUGUAAACCAUACUCGCGAAGGUCGUCGUCGAUUUAGCGUACUGCACGCACCAAUUCCUUCCUGCUAUCGUGAUGGAUCCCGACUAAAAGUAGGAUCGUGUGAUGAUCAUUCGCUUAGAAAGGCAGCUUUGAACGAGGUGCGUACUCGAUUUGAAUGUAGUACAUUACUUUAUUUCCCAAUGCGUAUAUGCCUUUUCUACUUCGAUGUGAUGAGAGGCAGGAUGUACGUGCCGAAAGUCUGCCUC